CAGUGACAUUCUGGAGUGAGCCUAGUGGAGAACUUCCAACACUGGUAGGAGAAAAUUAUGUAUGAGGAGAGGAUGAGGUUUGUCUAAGCUGGGGAUGAAAUUAAAAAGUAUUUAUCUUACUCUUAUCUUGUCAUUGUAACAAAAAGGAGGUGGGUAUAUUGUAGAAAGAGCCAAAGUCUUCUCAGAUAGGCAGAGUGAAAGGCUGAGGGAUAAUAAGACAUGGGUUUCAGCCACAGGUAUUUUAAUUAGGUAAUAAAUAGGGGGGAAAAGUCACCAACUUGGUCAUCAGACAUUACACUGGGAUGCAGAGGGACUAAUAUUGAGAAAUAUCAAUUCUUGGACAUAAUAAAAACUUCACUGGAAAAGGUUCUUGGAAUGUGGAUCCAACAUGUGUCCUGAUUGCACAGGAAGGUGAACCAACAACUGCCUGAGAGUCUUCCUAAAUCACACAUUCUAUUUCAGUUCGAGUCUAUCCAUAAACUGUGUGGCAACAAAAAACGUUGACUGAUUUGAGUAACAUAUCUGCUCUUCCACAGUGUUCUCUGCUGACAAGCUCCACCAAACAGUGCAGCCAUGUCGUCAGACGCUGAGAUGGCCAUUUUUGGAGCGGCAGCUCCUUACCUCCGGAAGUCAGAGAAGGAGAGAAUCGAGGCCCAGAACAAGCCUUUUGAUGCCAAGACAUCCGUCUUUGUGGUACAUGCAAAGGAAUCCUUUGUGAAAGGGACAAUUCAGAGCAGAGAAUCAGGGAAAGUCACUGUCAAGACUGAAAAGGGAGAGACCCUGACUGUGAAGGAUGAUCAAAUCUUCUCCAUGAACCCUCCCAAGUACGACAAAAUUGAGGACAUGGCCAUGAUGACCCACCUCCACGAACCCGCUGUGCUGUACAACCUCAAAGAGCGUUACGCAGCCUGGAUGAUCUAC